AUGAAGCUUCACUGGCUGCUCCUGGCCGUUUGUCUGGCCUGCUCGCUGCGGAUCAGCUGCGGCACCGGCACCAGUACCACUUCCACUACCGGUGCAGCGACUGUGACCACCACCAGCGCCAGCGCCGCCGACGUCACCACCACCACCACCAGCGCCUCCACCCCGGAGGCCACCACUUCGGCCAGCAGCAGCAGCAGCGACGAUGCUACCACAGCCGCCAGCAGCAGCAGCAGCAGCAGCAGCAACAGUAGCAGCUCCUCCAGCAAGAAGAGUGCCGCUGCCAGGCGCAAGGCCCGGCUACGUCGUCGGAGGAGGGCUGCCAGAAGGAGGGCUGCCAGAAGGCGGGCUGCCAGAAGGAGGAACAGGGGCUAG